AUUUCACAAAAGUUUCGCAAAAGGCACCGGCAUUCCGAUCGCGGCCACGCUUCGAAAAAUUACUUUCGAAUUUUCGGGCAGUGUAUUUUUUUUUUUCGUUCGCGUCGUUCUGUGACUUUUUCGGUUUCCCGCUUCUCUCUGUUGGUGACGUUUUGGUGAAACAUGGAGAUCGAUAUCGACGCGAUCAGAGAUUUCGUCAUGGAAGAGGCUCACUAUCUCAUCAACGUCACGCAGUACCCCAAUACUUCCGUUAAGGACCUCCCUUUCAUCUUCAGGAUAGUGGCCGACAGAUACGUCGACAUAUAUCACACGGCUUUAGACAAAAUAAGUGAUCCCAGAACCGCGCACUGGCCUUUGAUGGAUAGCCCCAUACCGACGCUGCUGAUGGUACUCACGUAUCUCUACGUCAUUCUGUUCUUCGCGCCACGAGUGAUGAUGAAUCGGAAACCUUUCAAAUUGAAAGAGGUCAUGAUCGUUUACAACGGUGCUCAAGUUCUGUUCAGUUUGUUCAUGCUCUAUGAGCAUCUGAUGAGCGGAUGGUUUUUGGACUACAGCUUUAAAUGCCAGCCCGUCGAUUAUUCAGUCAAUGCCAAAGCAAUGAGGAUGGCAAACCUGUGCUGGUGGUAUUACAUCUCGAAGCUGACCGAGUUCUUGGACACGCUUUUUUUCGUGUUGCGCAAAAAGGACAGCCAGGUGACCUUCCUGCAUCUGUACCACCACAGCCUCACGCCGCUGGAGACGUGGAUUCUUGUGAAAUUCAUCGCCGGCGGCCAUGGAACGUUCUCCAAUCUGAUCAACAACUUCGUCCACGUCAUGAUGUAUUUCUAUUACAUGGUGUCGGCAAUGGGACCGGAGUACCAGAAGUACAUUUGGUGGAAGAAGCACCUGACGACCAUUCAGUUGCUUCAGUUCGCAGCAGUGUUCGUCCAUUCAGCACAGUUGCUGUGGGUCGACUGUGGGUACCCGAGGUUCAUCGGGGGUCUUCUCCUUCUCCACUCUACGAUAUUUUUCGGCCUCUUUUCUAAUUAUUAUUACCAGACGUAUAAGAGGGCCGAGAAACAAAAAACCGUCAAACGUGAAUAACAACGAACUUGUAGAUAGUACCUGUAGGCUCGUUAUAAAUAGGGGUGUACUUUUUUGUAAAUAUAUUAUAUUAGAGUUAAUCCUAACCGAUAAGACGGUUGCAAAUUUUAUUUAAAUCAAUCCGAAAGUGACGUAGCAGAGAAA